CAGUAUUACCCAAAUCUGAUUCUUUACCACCCAAAGCAGUGGGUUCGGUGGGAUCAGUUUGCCUUAGAACAGAACCUUAUAAUCCCCAUUCUCUACGCAAUCUUUCUUUAGUAUUAUCCUUAACUUGUUUCAGAAGCACUUAGCUUUAGGGCUAUACCAACUGCAAAUUAGACUUCCCAUUCUGUUUUAAAUCUUCCGUGCAGACGACAAAGAGCAUCAAUUCGAUCUUUACACUUUAUACAGGAAUUUCCAGUUCUUUCCACUCCCUUUCCUUCUUCAACUAAUUCUUCUCUGUAUUUCCCUCUUUUUCCGACCCCUAAAUUUUGAACUAGUAAGGAUGAUAUGGGUGGCUUAUUGUCAUAUCUUAAGCCUAAGAAAGAAGUUAUUAACGGUGGUGGAAGUAUUAGCAGCGGCAACGGCAACAUAGUCACUAGGAGAAGAACAUCUUCAUCUUUUUCAUCUUCACAUUAUCCAACCAUGUCUAGAGAACAAUCACUGGGUAAUUCCGCCAGUAGCAGUCGAGCAAAGGAUGCUGCUCUUCAAAAGGUGUUAUCAAUCAAGAAAAAAUAUGCUUUUAUACCUGACAAUUUUUCAUCCUUGGAACAGGUUACAGCAUCCUUGAGAGAAGCUGGCUUGGAAUCAUCAAAUCUCAUUGUGGGCUUUGAUUUCACUAAAAGCAAUGAAUGGACAGGGAAAGUAUCGUUCAAUAAUCGUAGCCUGCAUGCCAUUGGUGAUACACCUAAUCCAUAUGAAAAGGCCAUCUCAAUUAUUGGAAAGACUUUGGCUCCCUUUGAUGAUGAUAACUUAAUUCCCUGUCUUGGCUUUGGUGAUGCCACCACUCAUGAUCAAGAAGUAUUUAGCUUUCACAGUGAUCAUUCUCCUUGCCAUGGGUUUGAAGAAGUUUUAGCCUGCUACAAGAAGAUUGUUCCCAACUUACGACUUGCAGGGCCAACUUCUUAUGCACCGGUGAUUGAGGCUGCGAUGGACAUUGUGGAAAGAAGCGGAGGCCAAUACCAUGUGUUGGUUAUCAUAGCAGAUGGCCAGGUUACAAGAAGUGUCAAUACAGGUGCUGGGGAGCUAAGCCCACAGGAAGAGAAAACAAUCCAGUCAAUUGUGGAUGCUAGUUCAUACCCACUGUCGAUAAUUCUUGUUGGGGUUGGUGAUGGACCUUGGGAUGACAUGAAGAAAUUUGAUGACAAAAUCCCAGCGCGUGAAUUUGACAAUUUUCAGUUUGUUAACUUCACUGCAAUUAUGUCCAAAAAUACAACUACCUCUGAGAAAGAAACAGAGUUUGCUCUCGCUGCACUAAUGGAGAUCCCCUUCCAGUACAUAGCAGCUCGUGAAUUUGGUAUAAUUGGUUGUACUACAGGAAGAGCGAAGAAAAUCGUACCACGCCCUCCGCCAGCUCCUUACGUUCGUCAUCCACUGCCAGACCAUCAAUCGAGCAAUGUAUCUUCCACCGUUGUAGAUGAGAGAACCCAGGCCUGCCCUAUUUGCCUGACUAAUGGCAAGGACUUGGCCUUCGGUUGUGGACACAUGACUUGUAGAGACUGCGCAUCAAGGGUGUCAAAUUGCCCCAUAUGCCGCCGGCCUAUUACUAGCCGUCUUAGGCUGUUUGCUUGAAUGAAUGCACGUAGCGUUGUUUGAAGACUGCACCAGGGCAAGUGCUGUAUCUUAAACUGAAGAUAUUCCUAGGCUUUUCCUCCUCUCUUUGUGUGAAGGUGUGGAGACCUGAAUUUGUUUAUAUUCAAUUUCCAGCUACAGUUGCUAUGUAAAUUGCAUGUAAAAUUCAAGUGGGUUUGUUUUUGGGAUUCAAUGGAGGCAUAAUGGGCUUGGUAACAAUUGGUGGGUUAUACAGUGAAAGAUAGCUCGCUUUCUUUUUCAAGUUGAAUAACUUUAGAAUAGGAAAAUGAAGAGACUCGAAAUCGCUCUAUUCCUUACACCUUUAAAGUUGUAAAAAAUCCAAUAAGGUUUUUCCUGAUUUCAGUUUGUGCGAUUAGAAAGUAAUAAAAUGCAAAUGUUUAUUUUAA